GUGAGUGCAGUAUCUGGACUAUGCUGUGUCCGCAGAUCUACAUCUUUGUAAAAUUGUAUUAGUCGAUACGUAUUGUUAAUUCAUUGGUGGUUAGUUACACGGGAGUUGCAUUGCAGCUAGACAUUGGAGCUGAAGUCUAUACAAUGAAAGAGGGAUUAAAUACCCCUGACUCCCUGACCCGGUCCUAGCAGCAGGCACCACAUUCGCCCCCACCAUGGACCACGAACCCUAACCCACCAAGGACACUGAACCCAUACCCACCAUGGACCACGCACCCUAACCCACCAUGGACCAAGAAGAAACCAGCGACCCAGCCGCGGCAGCACCUCCACCUCAGGCCCCCGUCCCAGACGACCGCGUCACCUGCAGGGGCACGGUGGGACCCCUGAAGGAGAACUGGCAGCAGUGGUCCAGCGACCACCAGGCGUCCCAGAAGCAGAACCCCUUCAGCCAGCAGGUCUGCGGGGCCCCGCCCCCGACGGGCCUCCCUCAGCGGGGCCAGCGCGGCUACGGGAGGCCCUUGGAGGGCUCCAUGACGGAGCGACGCGGGAGGGACGCUCACACGCACGUCGGCCGGGAGGUGGAGGAGCUGUGCGCUGCCAUCAGAGCCAUCGGCCGGCGAGGGGAAGAAGGGGCGGACGCCGGACUCGGGGGCACAGGCGCUGGGGACCGGGGUGGUGCCGCCGGGCGGGGGACGGGGAGCGUCACGGUGGAGUUCGGGAGGCUGUUCGAGCACUACGUCACCAUCUCCAACAAGUUGGUGGGGGUGCUGCUCCGAGCCAGGAGGCAGGGUCUGGUUCACUUUGACGGGGAGAUGCUUUGGCAGGGGCAGGACGAUCGCGUGGUGAUCACUCUGCGGCAGUGACCGGAGGCUCCAGUCCAAUGCACCGACCACACACGUCAGGGUUCGUCGCGGCAGAGGCCCCUUGACGGAGCACGGAGCAACCAUAUGGAAAGCCAAGAAUGCCACUAACUGGCCCUAGAAUGGCGCGGUAAAAGGGUUUCAGUGCGGUUUAGCACUUUUACCGUGCCAUUCUAGAGCCAGUUAGUGGCCUUCUUGGCUUUCCAUACAACCAGGACUAACGCUAAUAGAGCGCUGCCGGAAGACAGUAUUUGUGGUCUCGCUGUCUUGGCUCAAAGUGAGCUUGUUUGAAACCACGUUGACAAGAAGUCUGAAAACGGAUUUCUUUUUUCCAUUUGCCAUGGCAUCGAACAAUGCAUCACUGUAUUUCCCGGUUGAGUAUGACCUAAUGUGUGUCGGAAGAUAACAUCAAGUGAAUUCUGACACCCCUAAUGGAGCAGAUUCGAUAAAGGACACCCCAGUUGCGCAACCUCACAUUAUUUUUUUCUACUGCUCACUCACUGAAAUAUUCUUAACAUCCUCUGAUUACAUUUCUGAUAGAGGUUGUUUGACAUGUCACAGCCAGGAUCUCGUUCAACAGGCUUAUUCCCUUUAAUACAAUUCCAUCAUGACCUCAUUCAAAAUGAAAAACCUAUAGGGAGGGAAGAAAAGAUCGAAUUGUACUGGUCCAAUAGGAUCCUUGACCAUUCCAUUAAAGAUAAGUGGAUGAGGGCUGGGAGGCUGCCAGAGGGCUGCUUGUUUAGAGAACAUGAGGCUGCCCGUGACAGACAAUAUGGUGCUAUAGAAUGAACCUGAAACCCCGAGCUGGGGCCAGCAUUUGUAUCCUGCUUAAGUCUGCAUUCACUCAAUACAAUCCAUGUAGUUCAAAGGCGAGUAUUUGCUUUGUGUUUAUUUUACAAGAACAUUUGUAGUCAGUUGUAUUGUAGUUUUGUUGUGUUGUUAGAUCAAUUGGUUAAAUAAUUAUUGUUGUGUGGCUUAUUGUGGUUUUUCUACUACAGUUUGCAGGGGCAGUUUAAAUAAACAGAAUAAAUAAGUAAUUCUACUGAUAACACUGUUACCAGGUACUGUGAAGCAGCAUCCACACUUUUAUUAACAUUCAUAGUAGUCAAACACUUAUAUACAUCAUAUUUGUUUGAGAGGGUUACUUCAGAAUAAAUAUACUAAAAUUAUUUAAGUUCCCUGAAUGCAGCAGACAUCCGCUUAAUGAUACACUUUUGGCUGAUUAAAGGACGAUUGAAUAUUCAUCAAUAUUGUCAUUAAUGUAUUUUAUCAGUAGGCUCUGUAUAGGCCUCAAUCCUCAUUCUUUCAAUAUGAUCAAAAUGCAUUACAUUCAAUACCAUCAUGUCAAACAUAACCAAGCCCGUUUCUUUCAUGCAAGCUAACUGAGCUUGACGGGGAAUACACUAAUUUACUUAAUAUAUAAUUUGAUUGAAUCUACAAUCAUUUAAUUUGCU